AGAGAAGCACCAGGAGCCAUAACAAGUGCAUCCACACCGAAGACACCAGGCCCAUGGCAGAGGCUGCCAGCGAUCCCAGAUGCCAGGAGCAGGAAGAGCUAGAUGCAGAAGACGACAAAGGGCUCACAACUCAGUGGAGAGAAGAAGAUGAAGAAGAGGCCGCCCGUGAGCAGCGCCAACGGGAGCGAGAGAGGCAGCUGCAGGACCAGGACAAAGAUGAAGAAGAUGAAGGUGGCCAUUUCCUGGAACAGCCAGGGCAGCAGGCACUCGUUAGCCUGAAGUCCUCUGAACUGGAUGAAGAUGAGGGUUUUGGUGACUGGUCUCAAAAGCAGGAGCCACCAAGGCAGCAAUCCUGGGAGAAUGAGGGGACUGCAGAGGGGUCGGAACCCUCUCCAAGUGAGAGUGCAGAGGAGAAACAAACAGAGGACAGUUCUCACCAAGCUAAAGUCCACUUGGAGGAGUCAAACCUGAGCCACAGUGACCCCAAUAUAGAGGAUGAUGUCGGGGGUUCUGGGGAGACAGAAGAGCAUCUGAUAAGUCAUCAGGCCAGGACCCCCAGCCCUUUGGCCUUGGAAGACACUGCUGAGCUGAGCUCACCUCCCCUGAGCCCUACCGUCAAACUGGCUGAUAGGACAGAAUCCCUGAACCGCUCCAUUCAAAAGAGCAACAGUGUGAAGAAGUCUCAACCAACCUUGCCCAUUUCCACCAUCGAUGAGCGCCUGCAGCAGUACACCCAGGCCACUGAGUCUGCUGGCCGAACUCCCAAGCUGUCCCGCCAGCCCUCCAUAGAGCUGCCCAGCAUGGCUGUAGCCAGUACCAAGACUCUUUGGGAGACAGGAGAGGUGCAGACUCAGUCUGCUUCCAAGACACCCUCCUGCCAGGAUAUAGUAGCUGGAGACAUGAGCAAGAAAAGUCUGUGGGAACAGAAAGGAGGCUCCAAGAUCUCAUCCACCAUCAAGAGCACCCCAUCUGGAAAGAGGUACAAGUUUGUGGCCACUGGACACGGGAAGUACGAGAAAGUGCUCGUGGAUGAGGGCUCAGCACCAUAGACCACGUAUGCAUCCUGGAUAGACUCCAACCAGAUGCCACUCCCAGCCCUGACCAAGAAAUUGCUUCCUGUUGCCAGUCUGGCCCGCUCUCCUGCCUCCAGCAACCCAGCUGCCACUUGCCUCUCCUCUUGCUACUGGACCCUCCAUCUUCUAUGCCCUCUCAUCCUCUGACCAACCCUCCAACUCUGCUUCUCAUCAUCAGCUAAAGGGACCAGCCCAUAGAGGAGCCGAGAGCUCCCAAGGAAGGAUGGAGGAGAGAAGGCAAGCAUCCCAACCAGAUCCAAGGGGUAACUGUCCCCAUGCUGAAUGCUCAGGACUCCAAGUCCUGCCCUGUUUAUGGAUCCUUCGUUUUGUGUAAUAAAGUGCAUUGAGUGUCCCCUA